AUGGUGAAAGCCAAGGGCCCCGCAGGUGGGGGAGCGGCGGAGCUGGGCGCAGGGGGCAGGCCGGCCAGCCCUGCUGCAGCUAGGAUGAGCGAGUUAUGGGGCGGCCGCAGGGGCCAGUUGGCAGCAGGGGCCCUGUCGGGAGGGCAGCCCCCUCCGGAGGAGCAGGGCAGGCUGGGCUACUAUCAGAUGGGGCGGGACCGCCCCGGGGCAGCCGCUCUCCCCCAAGCCCAGCGCCCUCCCCUUCCCCCUCGCCUCUCUCCCCCCACCCCUUCUCCCGCGGCCCGCCGCAGUCCCCCUCUGGGCAGACCCCGAGUGACUUGCCCCGCUUCGGGCUGCUGCAACCCGCACUGCCUCGCCCCCUACCCUCCUCCCACUUAUGGGGAGCUAGAUUUCCCCGCCGCCGCCUCCUCUUCUUCCGCCUCCUCCUCGGUGCACCCAGCCGGUCUCCCUGGACCUCCUUUCGGGGCUCGGCUGAUGGACCUCUCCUACUCGCGCAGCCCCGAGGAAGUCCCGCGACUCCCUCCGCCCGAGCCCUCUCCGCUCGCCCCGCAGGAGAGCAGGCGCCCGCCUCAGGAGGUUUACGGUACGGCGGCGGAAACUUUUGAAUGGAUGAAAGUUCGGCGGCAUCCGCCCCGAAGAACAGUGAAAUCUUACAGCACACCAGCCAAGACCAUAGCACCCACUUCUCCUAGAACAAACUUUACCACCAAGCAGCUGACAGAGUUGGAGAAGGAAUUCCACUUCAACAAAUAUCUGAGCCGAGCCCAGCGGGUAGAGAUCGCCUCUGCUUUGCACCUCAAUGAGGCCCAGGUGAAGAUUUGGUUCCAAAACCGCAGGAUGAAGCAAAAGAAACAAGAGAAGGAAAGACCUUUAUGGGGAGCAACAGCUGGUUGCAAUGGGCAGGCUUCAUCCUCUUCGGACAAAUCAAAUCAAGUCUCCCCAGCAUCCUCCCCCAACAGGAGUAAUGAAGGUACCACUCCACCCCUUUGACUGAAAGAGCAGAAAGAGGCAUAGGUCAAGCCACUUUGCAUUCUCAGAAGAGCCCUCAAAUGCUCCU